AUCUCUCUCCCUCCUCUCGGCCCCCUCCCUCUCUUCUCCUGCUCCUGCUCCUUCUCUGCUCUGUCCUGGACAGGAAGUGAGUGUGUGUGUGUUGUGACUUGACUUGCUGCUGCCGUCUCUUCGCUGCCUGUGCUAUGCUCUUUAUGAGGGAGAGAGACAGGAAUGCUCUCCACCACACUGACUAGCCUUGGAGGGUAUUACUGGUGGAGACCAACUGACCAAGAGCACUGCUGCCUCUGUCAGUACUGCCAAUAUUGCCGGUGCGGGUGCCGGGGCCGAUGCCACUGCUGCUGUUGUCCUUGAGUGUCUGCGGUGUGCAGCGGAUGUCCUCUACUGUGCUCUCGGUUUUCCCGCCCUGCACUCUUAUAUUCUCUUGGGCUCGGCUCGCGUCCUGAUCGUCUCUCUGUGUGCCGCUCGGCUGUGGAGCCUGCAGAGUGUGGUACAGUUAGCUCUCUGCACAGAACAAGGGAGCUUGUCGGACUGCGUGCGAGAGAGGUGUAGGUUGACAAGGGGGACAUGGCUGGCAAGAUAUCCAAAGAGGAGCUGGAGGAGCUGAGGGAGGCCUUCGGCAAAGUGGACCUGAACGGCAAUGGCUUCAUCUGUGACUACGAGCUGCACGACCUCUUCAAGGAGGCCAACCUGCCGUUGCCGGGAUACAAGGUGCGCGAGAUCAUCCAGAAACUCAUGACCGACGGCGACAAGGACAAAGACAACAAGAUCAACUUCGAUGAGUUCGUCUCGAUCUUCCAGGAGCUGAAGAGCAGUGACAUUGCCAAGAGUUUCCGCAAGGCCAUCAACAGGAAGGAGGGCAUCCUGGCCAUCGGGGGCACCAGUGAGCUGUCCAGCGAGGGCACACAGCACUCCUUCUCAGAGGAGGAGCGGUUUGCGUUUGUCAACUGGAUCAACACGGCGCUGGAGAAGGAUCCCGACUGUGGGCACGUGCUCCCCAUGAACCCAAUCACAGACGACCUCUUCAAAGCAGUCGGAGACGGCAUCGUACUCUGUAAAAUGAUCAACCUGUCGGUUCCCGACACCAUAGACGAGAGGACCAUCAACAAGAAGAAGCUGACGCCGUUCACAAUACAGGAGAAUCUGAAUCUGGCGCUGAACUCUGCGUCGGCCAUCGGUUGCCACGUGGUGAACAUCGGAGCGUUCGACCUGCGGGAAGGGAAGCCCCAUCUGGUGCUGGGCCUCCUCUGGCAGAUCAUCAAGAUUGGCCUCUUCGCAGACAUCGAACUCAGCCGCAACGAAGCGUUGGCGGCGCUGUUGCGCGAGGGCGAGACCCUUGAGGACCUGAUGAAACUCUCUCCUGAGGAGCUGCUGCUGCGCUGGGCCAACUUCCACCUGGAGAACGCCGGCUGGAGCAAGAUCAACAACCUCAGCUCCGACAUCAAGGACUCCAAGGCCUAUUUCCACCUGCUGAACCAGAUCGCCCCCAAGGGACUGAAGGAGGAUGAGGAGCGCAUCGACAUCGACAUGAGCGGCUUCAAUGAGAAGGACGACCUGAAGAGGGCGGAGGCCAUGUUGGUCCAGGCGGACCGUCUGGGCUGCCGGCAGUUUGUCACCGCCACCGACGUGGUGGCCGGCAACCCCAAGCUCAACUUGGCCUUCGUGGCCAAUCUCUUCAACAAGUACCCCUCCCUCACCAAGCCCGAGGGACAGGACAUCGACUGGAGUCAGUUGGAAGGUGAGACCAGAGAGGAGAGAACCUUCAGGAACUGGAUGAACUCGCUGGGUGUGAACCCUUACAUCAACCAUCUCUACGGUGACCUGAUGGAUGCUCUGGUCAUCCUUCAGCUGUAUGAGAGGAUUAAGGUACCAGUGGACUGGAACACCAAAGUCAACAAGCCCCCAUAUCCCAAACUGGGGGCCAACAUGAAAAAGCUAGAGAACUGCAACUAUGCGGUGGAGCUGGGCAAGACCAAGGCCAAGUUCUCGCUGGUGGGCAUCGGGGGGCAGGACCUGAACGACGGCAACCCCACCCUCACCCUGGCACUCGUCUGGCAACUCAUGAGGAGAUACACUUUGAAUGUAUUAGAGGACCUGGGACCUGAAGGCGAGAAGGCCAAUGAUGACAUCAUCAUCAACUGGGUGAACAAGAUUUUGGCCGAGGCCGAGAAGUCAACCAAAAUAUCAAGCUUCAAGGACAAGGAGAUCAGUACCAGUCUGCCCGUGCUGGACCUGAUCGAUGCCAUCCAGCCCGGCAGCGUCAGCUACGACCUGGUCAAGACGGGCACCCUGUCUGACGAGGACAAGCUGGAAAACGCCAAGUAUGCUGUAUCUAUGGCUAGGAAGAUCGGCGCUCGUGUGUAUGCCCUGCCUGAGGACCUGGUAGAGGUCAAGCCCAAGAUGGUCAUGACUGUGUUCGCCUGCCUGAUGGGGCGUGGCAUGAAGAGGGCGUAACCAUGACAACACACCCGCACCAGCCAAUCAAAACCUUCGUCAUCACCUUUUGCUGGUUAAAAGGCUUUUGGUUUAAAAGAAAGAAAGAAAACAGUUAACACAGCCAUACUAAUAAAACAAAGCAAGUGUAAUGGCAAGAGAUGUUACAUUUAAGAAUGAUGUUUAAAUGUUUUUGCCAAUAGGAGAGAUGUUGGAGGGAGGGGGUUUGGGAGGUGUAUUGUCAAUCGACUACAGAAGGUCAUUUAAUUUUCCUCCCCGUGGACGACAAAAAAAAUGGUUAUGAUCUUUUAAAGGUACAUGUAAUAAGAUCACUUGCAAAAGACGCAGAAAGCAAUUGCAAAAAUGGGAAAUGUCAACCAAAAAAACACCUUACUUAGCAUUAUACCUUAACAUAUCUGCAUUUGGAUUCAAGCCAUGUCAGGUGAAACAAAACAAAAACAAAAAAAAGACAAAAAAGUGAAUGCAAUGUAUAUUUUUUUAUUUGCAUAUUUGUGUUUAUGGAGUUGCGUUGGUGUUUUGGGAUGUUGUGAUGGACCACUCCUCACUGUGGGAGACGUGACUAGAGGGGGGGAGGAGAAACCCUACAGGCUACAUGCAGUAUUGCUUUCCGCUUGCAGUACAGCUGUGCAGUGCAACUCAUGGCUUUUUGUAUGGGACCAUUGAAUCUUGAUGCUUAUUUUCCUAGUUUUUUAUAUAUAUAGAUGUAUAACGUACAUAUGAACCAAUUGAAAGUACAUACAUUCAUUCAUACAUACAUACAUGCAUUCGUUCAUACAUACAUUCUGUGCUGGUAGAAGCUUUAAACAUUCCACAAUAUGGGAACUCAUUGAAGAAUACGCCAUUAUGUCCAUAUAGUUAAGCAUUUUUCAGAAUGAGGAUGGUCCAAAAAAGAAAACUAUGCAUGAACAAUCUUUUUUAUGGUGGAUAUUAUUUAAAAUGAAACACUCCAUGAAUUCUGAGAACGAGGCAACAGCUUUAGAAAACAAGACCCACCAGUUACAGUAGCUGUCAUGUUUGACAUCCAGUCACAGUGCGGGGGAAAGGGUGGACAAUGUUGACCAUAGAUACAGAACACUAGAUGCCGUGUUCAGCCCUUUGGCGUGGUCCAACCUAGGGCGCCGCCAUCUUGGUCAGGUAUCCUAUGUUUUUCAUAGAUGUUGUUUUACCGCCACCCACAGGAUAAUACGUGUAUCGCCUCAUCACCGAUAGCAGCUUUAUACCUGUCAAACAUGGCGGCGAUCUGACUAUGAGCUAUUCGGUGGUCAACGACGCGGCAUCGUGUUCUAUAUCUAUGAGUGAUAAAGCUGGUAGCCAUCUUGUGUACUUGUCAUCAUUAUUAUGUUCUUCGUGUUUAGUUACACGUCCAUUACAAGCAAAAAAAAAACAUGGAGGGGGAGAAACUGGAAUGGUUGGGCCUUAACUGCUGCAGCAUUAUAUUACUAUGGUCUGAAUGGGACAAUUUCAAGCCAAAAAGAAAAAUCCUUAUGUUGUACACAAUGUCUAUAAUGAAGAUCCAACCAACUGCGGAAAAUAAAGCAAACCCAAUGCUGUUCAUAGUAA